AUGUUCGGUCUCGGGCGACUAACGCACCUCCUCUUCGACACCUUCCUCAUCUCCAUGGCCCUGUCUGGGAUCAAGCGCAACACUGGUCUCACACCCUCGCUGAGGAGAAUCCCCAAUAAGGACUUGCGCAAUCUGGUGCGCGUAUGGCUGGAGACGGGAGAAUGGCUCACGGACUUCACAGUCGUCUUCCUUGGUCGCUCGUCCUUCUUCGAGCGAAUCCGCUGA